CCCGAGUGCUGUGUCAAUCCGCCCUUAUAAAGGAGCCGAACUAGCGAUGUGGAGGCGUAUACCGACCGGUAGCAGCACUGUUCAAGGAUCGCUUCAGCAUAAUUAUGGACGUCGGUGAAGAGACUUGGCUCGAAUGCAUGCAAUUGGGCCCUCCAUACAGCGUCGACCGUGUGCUCAGCGACGAGGGCGCCCACCCUGAACCACCAUACAACUGGCCUGCUGGCCCACUGUUUGACCAACUACAAUUGGCCAACCUCUUCAAGCCGACUUGCAAGCCGACGGCGAGGUGUCGUACUGUCUCGGAUACAACCUUCACGACUGAUAGCUCGGCAGACCCAGAUAUACUCCUCAGCGCAUCAGCAGUGACCGCAUCCCCUCAUACAUUCGACAUCCUCGCUGGAGCCUGUCCCCAGCCCCCUACGUACCCUCCUGGUCACCCUGCGACGUGGGCUCCAUCCCCGGACGUCGCAUUGACAGGCCAGCCCCCGAGCUCGACAUCUCUGCACUUUGACUUGGAUACGACGUCCAAACCCUUGAACUCGCCAUACGUCGCUCUUGACGACGCAAGUAGCCUUCAAGCGAACUUUCGGCGUGAGGUUGGCUCGCAGGCACAGACGGAGGCGUCCAUUAAGCGCAGAAGAGCGUCGGCGCGAUCCAGCUCUGCCUACGUGUGCGAAUGCUGUCCGAAGACAUUCACGCGGAAGAAGAACCUCCAAGAGGCACGUCAAGAUCGUCCACACCCAGCGUCAAGUAUCAAGCCUAAGGUGCCGGUGCACCCCUUCGAUAACCCAUUCUCCCGAUACAAUGAGCCGCCGCUAUUUUCUACGAGCGCGAUUGACAAGGAACGUGCCCUGCUCAAUGUCGACACAUCGGUCGAACCGAUCCCGGUAACUCAUGCCCCUGCGCACAUCGUCGCUCCUUUUACCUUGCGCGGACUCUUGCAAAGGUACAGGUGCCAUCGACGAGCCUCGUUUUCAGGGCAUAAGCCCUCGUUUCGGCUCGCGCCUACCGGUACUACAGAUGCCCUGCCGAACCAGUACACCCCGAGUUCACCUUACAAGAGCGCGCGAAUCAAUGCCGACUCUCACAAGCACCUUCACGAGCCAGUUCUACCUGCCAACAGCGCACCUGAGACGGUGCCAAACCCGGGCAUGCUCAUCGUGGCUACCGAGACGUCGCCCAGCCCAGGAGGGGCCACCAGCGCGAGUUGUCUCCCUCCACCCACCAAUAACUUUCGCAAGCGUGUCUCUACGCGGAACCGACAGCAGGCAUCCGAGAAGCGGCGCUCGUCGGGCAGUCGCUCAAACUUCUCUUGCAAUAUCGAAGGCUGCACGACCACGUUCACCAGAUGGCAGAACCUUAAGGCAUCCCUGCGAGCAUCCUGGCUGCAGGCUACGCUUCAACACGCGCGGGCUUCUCAGAAGCCACGCUCGGCAUGCGCACGGCGCUCCGUCGCUACAAAAGAGGACUCGGACUUGAACGCCUAA